UGUCCCAGUAUAUCAUUUAUUAUGUUUUCGUAAGAACAAGUCGUUGCCAUAUGUUUUCAGGUUUUACAUGAUUCUUCUUCUUCUUCUUCUUCGCAGAAUUAGGACUUUUUCCACGUUUUCUAGACUCUUUCAUUGAUUAAUUAAUCCCACCAACAAUUGUUUAUUCAACAAUCGACUUCAUUGAAUCGGUGAAGAAAAAAGUAAUGGUCGACCAUCCACUCCACCAGUUGACGGCGACUACAAUUUUCAUUUACCAACUCCGUCCCCAUAUCCGGCGGCCAAACCACGAACCAUCAUGGACAAAAUCGCAUUGUACGAGAAGGUAUUCAAGCAGGUGGAUGGGGACGGCGAUGGGAAGCUGUCUCCGCCGGAGCUGCAGCGGUGCAUGGCGGGCGUGGGAGGGGUUUUGACGAUCGAGGAGGCGGAGACGGUGGUUGAGAAUUUGGAUUCGGACGGCGAUGGAUUGCUGGGAUGGGAUGAAUUUGUUGAAUUUGUGGAAGGAGUGGGAGAGGAAGAGAAAGUGAGUGAUUUGAAGGAAGCGUUUAGAAUGUAUGAAAUGGAUGGUUGUGGAUUCAUAACCACGAAGAGUUUGAAGAGAAUGUUGAGUAAACUUGGGGAAUCAAGAAGCAUUGACGACUGCAAGAAAAUGAUUGCUAAAUUUGAUCUUGAUUCCGAUGGUGUUCUUAACUUUGAUGAGUUCAAGUUCAUGAUGUCCUGACUUUCUUCCUUUUAUUUCUUUUUUUGUGGCUUAUGAACUUUGUUGUAUUAUGAUGAUUACUCCCUUUUUCUUUUCUUGUGAUUUAAUGGUUUGCAUUCUCUUUC